CACACUGUUUUGGGCUAAAAGAGAAAACAAUUGUUGCUUUUAUUUACAAAUAUUAUAAAAAAAAACACAAAAUGCAAGCCGAUAUUAGUAAUGUUUCUCGGGAUUAUGCGAAGAUUGUACAGAGCGCCGAUCUGGAAAAGGAGAUCAACCCACUCUGCACGAAUAUAGACGAUAUGCUGGCCAGAUUGGAUGAGUUCGAAACUUUACUGUCUUCGGUGCGUGCAGAGUCCAAUGGAAUGAUGGCCAACAAUGUGUGCAGUAUCCUGGCAUUUGGAGAGAGUUUCGAGCAGUUAAAAACUAGGAUCGACAGUCUGGAGCAAUUUGUGGGCGCAGUUAGCACGAAUUUGAAAGAAGUUGAGAGAUCAGUGGAUAUUGCUGAGGAGGAACUUCACGUUACGGAUUAUAGCAUUAAAGGACUUCUUUUGAAACCCCUUAAAGCCAAGCUAAGUGCCAGCGAACCCGCAACGUCCAACUCUCUUCCGCGAUCCAAUCUCAUUGAGGAGGAAUACCAACCUGUAGAGAUCUUCAAAUCAGAUGAUUACUUCGGAAAAUCAUAACUAGAAGCAGUUGAGGAAGUGGUAUAGAAGGGAGAACCAAUAAGCUAGAUUACCUCGUGAAUAUUUAGUCAGUAAUCAAAAGCAAUUGGCUUGGAUUAGCUUUUAAAAUGUAUAUUCAUAUACAAUCUUGGAAUUUUUCCAAAUCUCUUUUCCUAUUAGAUUUCUUAUUACAUUUUAUAAAACUUUUUUAAAUGCAAUUAAACUUAUCACCAAAAACAUUUGAAAUAAGCUAAACAAUUUUACGUCUUAUAUUGUCUAUUGUUAUUUAUAAUUGUUGUGAAAAACUAUAUUAUAUAAAAAACCAAUUGAUUGCCUAUGCAUAUAUGAUUUACAGAUUUAUAUUUGGUUGAUACCUUUUAACUUUGGAAUACUAUGUAUCGUAAUCAUUAGCAAAUUGUAACCUAUAAAUAUUUAGUCAAUAAUUAGCGUAAAGGUACUUACGCGAACGUUUAAUUUUCAUAUUAAAAAUAGUACGCAGUAGAGUUGCUCUUAUUUAUACGGGGAAGCCCAUAUAAAAA